AUGCUGCAACCACGACUUCCUGUCGUGGCCAGAGCCCUUGUGCGCUUUGCGCCAAUCCAUCUUCCGACCCAGCUCCCGAUUCGCCGAUUCGCAACCGCUGCCACGGUGGGAUCGGCCUCUAGCAUCGCCAAAGCCGAAUCCCAGAACUCGACCAUCCGCACCUACAAGCCGAGGACCCCCGGUGUCCGUCACUUGCGGCGACCGAUCAACGACCACCUCUGGAAGGGUCGCGCCCAUCUGCCCCUGACGAUACCGAAAAAAGGCCACGGCAAGGGUGGUCGCAACGUCUAUGGCCGCAUCACAGUUCGACACCGUGGAGGCGGUCACAAGCGCAGGAUAAGAAUCGUUGAUUUUGUGCGCAACCGUCCUGGCCCGCAUCUGGUCGAGCGAAUUGAAUAUGACCCUGGCCGCAGUGCACACAUUGCAUUGGUGACGGAAAAGGCCACCGCCCGCAAGUCGUACAUUGUUGCAGCUGACGGUCUGCGAGCUGGUGACGUCGUUCACAGCUACCGCUCCGGCAUUCCUCAGGAUUUACUCAACAGCAUGGGUGGCACUGUCGACCCUGGUAUUCUCGCUGCCAAGACCGCCUUUCGCGGCAACUGCUUGCCCAUGCACAUGAUUCCCGUGGGAACCCAAGUCUUCUGUGUAGGUUCCGCCCCGAAGCGCGGUGCCGUCUUCUGUCGCAGUGCGGGUACCUACGCCACGGUCGUGAACAAGGACGAGGAGACCAGGGCCGAUGGUGUUAAGAUUGUGACUGGAAAGUAUGUCGAAGUCCGCCUUCAGAGUGGCGAGGUGCGCAAGGUCAGCAAGCAGGCAUGCGCGACUAUUGGUGUUGCCAGCAACGUACACCACCAGUACCGCCAGCUUGGAAAGGCUGGGCGUAGUCGUUGGCUGAAUAUUCGGCCCACGGUGCGUGGUUUGGCCAUGAACAAGGUUGACCAUCCUCAUGGUGGUGGCCGAGGCAAGUCCAAGAGUAACCGCCAUCCCGUCACGCCUUGGGGUCGACCUACGAAGAGCGGCUACAAAACGCGCCGCAAGAGCAACGUCAACAAGUGGGUAACUGUACCGAGACCACGCAACCACGGCGUGCAGAGAAAGAAGAAGUCGGGCUAG